AUGGCGACAGUUAUAGGAGCUAGACUAGGUAAUUAUAUUAAUGGUAUUUUUGGGGAAAUGGUUUCUGAUUAUAUAUAUUGGACGGACUCAUUCAUUGUUUUACAUUGGAUCAGGGGAAGGGCUGAACGAUGGAAGCAAUUUGUUUGCAAUAGGGUCAGGGAAGUGCAGGAGAAGUCAAAUCCAAAAUCUUGGCAUCAUUGCAAAGGUAUCGAUAAUCCUGCUGAUUUGCUGACACGUGGAUGCAAUGCAAGCAAAUUGAAAGAAGGAGAGAAAUGGUUCCAUGGCCCUUCAUGGCUGAGACUUGAAGAAUCAGAAUGGAAUAAUGAUAAAGGUUUCAGCUCUUUGAAUAGCGAAAACUUGGACGAUGAAAUUCUUGUUGAGAAACGAAACAAGCCCGUGAACAUCAACAUGAAUGUUUGCAAGGAAGAAAACCAGCCUGAUAUUAUGAACGACGUAAAUAAAAUUUCCUCAUGGACUAAAUUGCGAAGAGUUUUUGCCUGGUGUAGAAGAUUUAUUCUAAAUUGCAAGUUUCCAGCUGCAAAGGCAAGUGGUUGUUUAACAACUGCAGAGAUUCAGAGUACUAGAAAUUCCCUUGUGAAGAUGGUUCAAAAAUAUGCUUUUGGUACUGAGAUGGAAUAUCUGCAAAAGGAGAAGACACUUCCAAAAAAUAGCAAUCUGUUGCCUUUGGCACCCUUCCUUGACUCAUCCGGACUUCUCCGAGUUGGUGGAAGAUUGAAGAAUUCCAAUCUUUCUGACCGUCGAAAACAUCCACUACUUCUCCCAAAGGGUCAUCAUUUAUCAACGAUAAUUGUGAGAUAUUUUCAUGAAAGCCAUCUACAUGGAACUAUUCAAAUGACAUUAUCAGCAUUAACGCAAGAAUAUUGGAUAAUUGGAGUAAAGAAUCUUGUUAGAAAGAUAAUUUCCAGGUGUGUAAAAUGUCAUAGACAAAAUGCCAAAUUUUUUACCCAAUUUAUGUCCGAUUUACCUUCAGUAAGAGUCACACCUUCUUGA